AUGGAAACAGUAGCGGUUGCAGCAGUUGCUACAGCAGGCAUCAAACUUCUUGUUAAAAAGGCGGCGGACGGUUUGAUGAAACAGUACUCUAUGGUGUUUCAAAAUCUCAAGGGAGAUCUCAAAAAGCUUCAGAAGACUCUAGAGAUGAUUGAAGGCUACCUGAGAGACCUUGAUAACAAGUCCAUCACCCAAAAUGCUGUCAAGGUCUGGUUGAGGGAGCUUGAGAAUAUGGCUUUCGAUGCUGAUAACGUCUUGGAUAAACUUAACUAUCAUCUUCUCCAUGAAAAAACCAACAAAAUGAUCAAUGCGAUAUCAUUCUCAUUCUUCCGUAAGCGUAAAAUGGCUCUUUCCAUAAAAAAAAUCAAUUCGGAUUUUAAGUUUAUGAGUGAAAAGGCAGCAGCUUUUGGCAUUCAAUACAUGGUUGCUAAUGCACUUCCUGCUGCUAAUGAUACUUCUCUUGAGACGGAUUCCGUCAGUCAUGUUCCAGUCUUUAUUGGAAGAGAUAAUGAUGUCCCUGAACUAGUUAACAUGCUCACCCAAACCCACCCAGAAGAAGAGAAACAGAAGUUCUCCAUCGUUGCUCUUGUGGGAAUGGGGGGUAUGGGGAAAACUACAUUGACUAAGAAAGUCUUCAAUCAUGAAAGGGUGAAGUCUCGAUUCAGAUCACUUCUUUGGGUUCAUGUUUCUCAAAAGUUUUGA